CUUUCACUAAAAAAUUGCUCUCCAGCUGCUCAAAUCUACUGGCGCCUAUAAACAUCACAACACAACCCAGGAUCCCACCAUCGAUCCCAGCUCCUAAGACGAGUGGAGUAAGAUAGAGAAGUGAUGGAGAUGGAGAAGGCUUCUUCCCUCCACACACUCUUCCUCUUCUUCCUUGGUUUCACUUUCACCUCCCUUGUGAAAUCCCAAUCAGACUCCUGCUCCUCCAAGCUAAGUGUCAGCCAUCUCAUCCCUUUCAACACAUCCUCCCUCAAAUGCUUCUCUGCAUGGAGUUCGCAAGAUUUCAUUCUAAGGUACGAGAACGCAGGUUCCAAUGUAUGGAGCUACGUCCUCUCGGCGCCCGACACCGGAUCGUACAUCGCAAUCGGGUUCUCGAGUGACGGCAGCAUGGUCGGCAGCAGCGCGAUUGCCGGAUGGAUCACCAGCAGUGGCCCAGGGAUUGUGAAGCGAUACUAUCUUGGUGGGACGAGCUCGAAGCGGUGUCCGCCGGACCAAGGGAGCCUAGAUCCAGUCCCGGGCAGGUCGUUGAUCACGGCGCAGGGCUCCCGGCUGUUCCUCGCCUUCCAACUCAACGGUGCCCAGCCUCCACAGAGGCUGAUCUAUGCGGUGGGGCCUCAGAACAACCUGCCCUCGUCCGACGGCUACUUGCCAAGGCACAGGACUAUGGCAUCAGGUUCCAUCAAUCUUUCCGGCGGCAGCGGCGGCGACGGUGAGAAGGAUGAGGAUGGAGGAGGAGCCACAGGAGAUGUGGUAGAGGGAGAUGCUUCGAGCUUUGAUCUCGAAAAGAAGCACGGCAUACUGGUCAUGCUAGGAUGGGGAGUCCUGAUGCCAAUAGGGAUGAUGAUGGCCCGAUACUUCAAGAAGUUCGAUCCAUUCUGGUUCUACUCACACAUCUCAAUCCAGGGGAUCGGUUUCACUCUCGGAGUUGCUGGUAUAAUUCUCGGGUUUAAACUCGAUGACGACGAAGGCGAAGGCGACAUAGACACUCACAAGAACCUCGGUAUCUUCAUCCUGGUGUUCGGCUGCCUCCAGGUCAUGGCAUUUCUUGCCCGGCCUAAGAAGGACGCUAAGGUGAGGAGAUACUGGAAUUGGUAUCACUUCUGGGUUGGAAGAGCAGCCAUUGCUUGUGCAGUAGGGAACAUCUUUUAUGGGCUCGACUUGGCAGGGGAGGAUAGUUCAUGGAGCAUCGGAUAUGGGAUUUUCCUUGGGGUUUGGGGUCUUUUUUGCCUUGUUCUUGAGGUGAGGAGGUGGAUGGAUGCAUGAUAUCUGUGGUCGGUGUGGGGGUGCGUGCCAUGUAUAGUUGUUAUUUGUUAUUUGUUAUCGGUCUUGUAGCAUGUCAUGAGCACAUUAUAGAUUACAUAUACUUUAAUAUGAGC